GGAACGAUUUCAUUGCUGAAGGAUCCACGUGCUUCGUAGGCCGGGAAUCGUGACACGUACGGCGGCUAAGUGCCUCGAAUCGGAAAAUCUGAUCAAAACAGGCAAUAAGAAAACGACGUGAUGGCAAAUUCCAAUGUUUAAAGUGACAGAGCCGCCCCUGGUUUUACAGCUACUCCACUCUACCUCGCCUUCGAACCGAACGGAAGGAAGACGACGAUCCAUCUCCCGAUUCUCUCGCCGAGCUUUACUCUUGCCAAAACAUCUGCUGCCGACUCCUUUCCAUCGCCGCACCCAUGUCCGCGUCAAGAACCGACUCGCCGCCGCCGCCGCCGCCGCUGCCGCCGCCAACCAGAUCCUCCCUAAAGCCCUCGCUUGUAGUCACUCUCCUAUCAGUCUUGGCUCCGAUUGUCGCGGUCACGGUUCUCUACCGACAUGAGCCCUUCGACCCGGCUCCGCUGCCCAUCCACGAGCUGCCCGGGACGGUCGCCGCCCCGAUGCAGAACGGCCGCGUACUGCGCGGCGCGGAGAUGGUCGGGGCCGGGCGGGUGGUGGGGCCCGAGGACGUGGAGCACGACCCGGCGUCGGGGGUCAUCUACGUGGGCUGCGCGGACGGGUGGGUCAAGCGGGUCAAGGUGGGCGAAUCGGCCGGCGACACCGCGGUGGAGGACUGGGUCAACACCGGCGGGAGGCCGCUCGGCCUCGCCCUCGGGCGCGACGGCGAACUUAUCGUUUGCGACCCAUACAAGGGGCUACUGAAUGUGAGCAAACAUGGAAUGGUGGAGCUGUUGACAGACGAGGCGGAAGGCGUGAAGUUCAAACUCACGGACGGCGUGGCUGUGGCCAGUGACGGGACGAUAUACUUCACUGACGCCUCAUACAAGUACACCUUCGGGGAAUUCAUUUGGGACAUUUUGGAGGGUCGGCCACACGGGAGGCUCUUGAGCUACGACCCCGCGACCAAAGAGACCCAGGUGCUGGCUCGGGAUCUCUACUUCCCCAAUGGCAUCGCGCUCUCACCCAACCAAAGCUUCGUGAUCUUCUGCGAAACCAUCAUGAGGAGGUGUAAGAGGUACUACAUAAAUGGCGAGCGAAAAGGGCAUAUCGACACAUUCAUUGGCGGUUUGCCGGGGUAUCCGGAUAACAUUAGAUACGACGGAGAAGGCCAUUACUGGAUCGCGCUCUCCUCGGGGAUCUCGGUGUCAUGGGAUUUGGCAAUCAAGCAUCCCUUCAUAAGAAAAGCAGCUGCGAUCUUGGAGAGACUGAACAGGCGGCCGGCGAUGGAGAAGGACAGUGGGGUUUUUCAGGUCAACUCAGAGGGAAAGCCGGUCGCGCAUUACUACGAUCCUCAGCUGUCGUUGAUAUCGAGCGGGAACAAGAUUGGUGACUACUUGUACUGUGGCUCCCUUCACUAUCCUCACAUCCUUCGCCUCAAAUUAGAUUAGAGGCUUCUUGUUUAAAUUAAGGGUAAAUUUGUUUUACUAAAAACCUCAUAAUAAAUAAAAAACAAUUUCUAGAAAAAUGAUUAAUUUUUAAUUGUAUGGUAAUUUUAAGGAAAAUGAUUUUCUUCUUUCCAAUGGAGAGAGAGGUCGUUUCCCUAGAUUUAUACUUAUCAUUUUCAGUCAAUAAAAAACUUUUUUCAUAAAUUAAUUAAUUUUCCGUCGUUCAUUAUGGUCUCCCUUCUAAGCUGUGCUUGACGUGGAUCGGUCAAACGAGGAUAUUCCUUAUCAUGUCAGUGAAUAUUGUCGGAUAAAAAGUGGACCAUUUUUAA